GGAAGUUACUAUAAUUUAAGUUAAAGCGCGCAAAGUGUACGAAGUUUUGGCAAUUAGCAAAAUUAGUAUUAACCGAAAUGGACAAUCAAAGCUAUUUUCCAAAUUACUAUGCUGUUGAAGACAUAUUUGUUACACAAGAGAAGGUCGAAUGCAAAGUGAACACGAAACUAUUAAAAAUGGGUUUCCUUGAUCCAGGUGCAGAGACAGAUGAUUUAAAUUCUGGUCGCACAGUGAAUCUGCCAUUAUGGUACAUAAAAGAAUUGAAGGUUAACAAUCCAUAUUUUACUGUAAAUGUUCCAGACAUCUAUAAAAAUGUACAUAAGGCUGUCUGUGAAGCGGAAACCACACAUAUUGAACUUGGUAAAUUGCAUCCGUAUUUUUAUGAAUAUGGUCGUUACUUGACUCCUUAUGAUCGCAAUCAUGUCGUUGGUCGAAUUGUGUUUGAAACAAUGCGGCAACGUGUGCGUCAUUUACUUGAUAUUUCUAAGCAUACAACAGAGGAUGGAAAACCGGAACAUCGCUUGGACGACAUUGAACAAAAGCUAUAUGAUUCUGGUGUGAAAACAAAUGCAAUGUUCACGAAUUGGCUUCAAAUGAAAUCUAAUAAAAUACGCGUAAGUGAAUUAGUACAUGAGCAUAGCAAGAAACGAAAACGUAAUCAAAUACAUUUUGACGGAGGAAGUAUAUCACCAGAACAACUGCGAAAGAGACCUACUAUUUAAUUACCCACUAUUAAACAAUUUGAAGAUAGAUCAAUUGACUUAGAUCUUAAAACUUCCAUAGAUAAUGUUACUUAAUAUUGUGCCAGAUAUAACUACACAUUCCUAAGUUCUUUAUUAAAUUAAAUCAAA